AUGCGUGACCUGGUGAACGGUCAGGGAGUUGAUUUCGAUCUCAACAACCAGAACACUAUCGAGAUGGCUUUGCAAAGUCACAUCAGCCAGCAGCUGCUUUCACCUACGACACCACAUCAACGACACGACUCAUUCUUCUCGUGCUCUUCGCUAGGCACACCACGAAAUUCGAUCUCACAGCAUCAGGCUGAGAUUCAGCCUUAUGCCAACGUACACCACAAUCUGCACAGCCCCAACGACUACUCUCAACAUCCGGUGAACAACGGCAUGUCGCGCUCCGCUUCUCAGUACUCUUCCACGUCGUCCGGUCAGCAUCCACACCCUCACAGUCUACAGCGAUCGUUGCGCGGAUCAUUUGGCAGUACUUUGGUCUCGAAUGGGUCGGAAAUGUCUCGCUCCAUCUCGAGCACGUCAGCGGGCCAACGCACUGCGCUUCAGCCUUACCCGCUACAGUCCCAUUCACAGAUCGGUCAAUUCCACACUCGGCGAUCAUCCGGUCUCUCGCCCAACAUGGGUUUUGAGCAGUUUCCAACGACUGCAAUGAGUCCGUUCGACUACGUAGUUAAUGACACCAUUGACGAAUGCCUGCCUAGAAACGAGAACGAGGACAAGGAAUUUGGACAAAUUGGAUAUCGUAACGAGGAUUCGAACCUUUCAUCCACACAUGGGCCCAGCUCUCGUGCUCCGCAAGGAUCGUUUGGUGAAUAUAUUCCGUAUCAGAACCAACAUCGCAUAUCAUCGUCUCAGCGCAUCGUUAUGGACAACUUCUCACCCCAGAGCUCUCGCUCUCCGACACAAUCCUUGGCUAUCAGCCCGCCGCACUCGAACCGACGUCGGCGUCACGCUUCUAAUUCGCCUUCUGCUCGCCCAGAUCCUGUCAUCGGCCAAGUCACGCUAGCAGGGAAGUUCAAAUGUCUCAAAGAAGGCUGCCUUGACGACGGUCAAGACAUGACGUUCAACCGCCAUGCCGAUUUCAAGCGUCACUAUGAGAACACGCAUGCAGGUCGAUGUAUUGAGUACUUUUGCCCAGAGUCUGGGUGUCCGCGCUCUAGAAAUCCAGGAGGCGGGAAAAAGGGCAGAGGCUUCAAAGGAAGAAAGGAUAAGAUGUAUGAGCAUUGCAAAGCAGUGCAUCACAACGAAAGCAAGAAGCGAAAGAAGGGUGUUGAGGGCGACAAGUAUGCUGAAGAGCGGGACUAUGAUGAAAGUGCAGGCGCUAGGCUCAUAAAGGUAAGGCGAAGGAGCGAUACUGCCUGA